UCAAGCCAUAAAUCAAAAACUCUUUCUGUGUAGUAGCUGUAUUCAAGAGACAAGAGUAUUUCACUUUAUUUCUACAAUGGCAGCUGCUACAAUGGCUCUCUCUUCCUCUUCUUUUGCCGGAAAGGCGGUGAAACUCUCACCAUCUUCCUCUGAGAUCACCGGAAAUGGAAAAGUCACCAUGAGGAAGACUGUUACCAAGGCCAAGCCAGUCUCUUCUGGCAGCCCGUGGUAUGGUCCUGAUCGUGUCAAGUACUUGGGCCCAUUCUCUGGUGAAUCCCCAAGUUACUUGACUGGUGAGUUCCCCGGUGAUUACGGGUGGGACACUGCUGGACUUUCAGCUGAUCCAGAAACUUUUGCUAAGAACCGUGAGCUAGAGGUGAUCCACUGUAGAUGGGCCAUGCUUGGAGCUCUUGGUUGUGUCUUCCCCGAGCUCUUGGCCCGUAAUGGUGUCAAAUUCGGUGAGGCUGUAUGGUUCAAGGCUGGAUCCCAGAUUUUCAGCGAGGGUGGUCUUGACUACUUGGGCAACCCAAGUUUGGUUCAUGCACAAAGCAUCUUGGCCAUUUGGGCUUGUCAAGUCGUGUUGAUGGGAGCCGUUGAGGGUUACCGUGUUGCUGGUGGACCUCUUGGUGAGGUUGUCGACCCACUCUACCCUGGUGGUAGCUUUGACCCAUUAGGCCUUGCUGAUGACCCAGAGGCUUUUGCUGAGCUCAAGGUGAAGGAGAUCAAGAAUGGUAGACUUGCUAUGUUCUCCAUGUUUGGAUUCUUUGUUCAGGCUAUCGUCACCGGAAAAGGUCCAUUGGAGAACCUUGCCGACCAUCUUGCUGACCCAGUUAACAAUAAUGCUUGGUCCUAUGCCACAAACUUUGUUCCCGGAAAGUGAUGUUCUUAAAAAUGUGUCUCCUGUGGUAUCACUUUUUUUUUUUUAAUGGAGCUUGUAAAGCUAUUGUAAAUUAGUGAAGAUUCUAUGUGAAUUUUGUUUAAUUGUGUAGUUCUCAGUUACAUGUUAUGUGCUUUCCAUGAAUUAAAUAUACAUGUUAAAGGGGGGAAA